AUGGAGGGAGAGAAUUGUGGGGGAGGGACUGUAGUUAACCAUGCUAGUGACUAUACAUACUAUCUACCUGCUGGUAGUCCUAGUAGUCAGUAUAGUGCUCAGGUGUUUGUGACAGUGGUGAGUGUAUCAGUGGCAGUGCCUGUCCCUGAAGCAGAAGCAUCUCCAGCAGCUUAUGCUAGUGACUAUACAUACUAUCUACCUGCUGGUAGUCCUAGUAGUCAGUAUAAUGCUCAGGAUGAGAUUGGACAGUAUAACUACGGAUACAACAGUGCUGACCAGUCUAAGAGUGAAGUCAAGACUGCUGGUGGGGUUGUGAAAAGAACCUAUACCUAUGUUGAUGCAAAUGGAUUAGUCCAGACUACAAAUUAUAUUUCUGAUGCUUUGGGGUUUAGAGUUGCAGCUACUAAUUUACCUGUUCAUGAUGUAGAAGGAUCUGCUGCUCCUGUACAGGUAGCAGUUUCUCCUGUAGCUACAGCUGCUGCUGAAGAGGAAGCUGCUCCAGUGGUAUCUGCAGCUGCUGCCCCUGUAGUUGUCCCACAAGUGUCCUAUGCUUACCUGCCCUAUGCAUCAAACUAUGGAUAUCAUGCUCUUCCUACUCAAUACAUCCAAGCAGCUCCUGCUAUUCAAGCUGCUCCUAUUGCACAAGCUGUCCAAGUUGUCCAAGCAGCUCCAUCAGUGCAAACUUCAUAUGCUUCCCAACCUGCUGCCGCUAUCCCUAUAAUUCAAUCCGAGACUGCUCCCAUCUCUUCUCAGUACCAUGCACAGGAUGAGUUUGGUCAGUACAGUUUUGGAUACAGUGACACUGGAUCAGUUCGCCAGGAGUCCAAGACAGCUGAUGGUGUGGUAACAGGUGGCUACAGAUAUGUAGAUGGAAAUGGAGUAAUCCAAACAGUCGAGUACAUAGCUGAUGAUGCUGGUUUUAGAGUUGCUGGAACAAAUCUCCCAAUAGCAUAUGGUGCUGGGCCUGAAGAUACUCCAGAGGUGGCAGCAGCUAAGAUUCAGCAUGCUCAGGCUUAUGCUGCUGUUGAGGCUGCCGCUGGAGAGGAGGAAUACAUUCCUGAAGCUACUCAACCUGCUUAUGCUUACCCUGCUGUUCAGACUGUUCCUGUUAUUUAUGCCAACCCUGCUGUUCAAGCUGCUCCUGUUGUCUAUAAUGCUGCCCCUGCUGCUUCUCCAGUUCAGAUUGCAGAUGCUUCAAGCUCCCAGUUUCAUGUACAAGAUGAAUUUGGUCAGUACAAUUAUGGUUACAGUGAUGAAAACUCUGUGAAGCAGGAGCUGAAGACAGCAGAUGGUGUUGUUAGAGGAAGCUAUACUUACGUAGACUCUGAUGGUCUCCUACAAACGGUUAACUAUAUUGCUGAUGCUCUUGGAUUCCGUGUUGGCGCAACCAACCUUCCUGUUCAUGUGAUUGAUGGGGCAUCUGCUCCAGUUGCUGAAGCUCAGCCUGCUGUUGCUGUUGCCUACACUGGUGAUAAAGAGCAGGAUGCUAGCAAUGUACUUUCUCCUCUUGUACAAUAUGCUUACCUUCCAUAUGCUUCAAACUAUGAGUAUAACCUACCCCUCUCAGCACCUGUUCAAGACGCACCUGUUGUUUCUGCUGCUCCCAUCCCCAUUGCAACAGUUAAUAAUGCUGCUCCAGUAAUUGUUGAAACUACUGCUCCUGUAGCUGAUGUAAAUACACAAUUUCAUGCUCAGGAUGAACUCGGACAAUACAACUAUGGAUAUUCAAACCCAACCCAGUCAAAGUCUGAGAUUAAAACCGCUGACGGCAUCACCCGAGGCACCUAUAGCUAUGUUGAUGCUAAUGGUCUUAUUCAGACUGUGAACUACAUCUCUGAUGCUAUGGGAUUCCGUGUAGCUGCCACUAAUCUCCCCGUCCAUAAUGUUGGAGUUGAGGCUGCACCUGAGGCUGUGGAGGUUGCCAAGUAUUCAGCGCUCACUCCAAGCGUCAACUACGCAUAUCUUCCAUAUGCUCAGAGCUAUGCGUACAAUACUGCUGCAGCUGCGUAAAUUAUAUUGUAUCACUACCAUUUACACUCAACACAAAUAAAUGAAACAUGGAAAAUAAAUAUUUUUGAUAUCUCCAAAA